UAGGGCAUAACCAGAGUGACACGUUGAACUCGCCAUAAUCAAGGAAACCUUUUCCGGGUGGGGAUCUCUGAAAUCGCUCAGUGAGCAACCCUAAUUAACCUGAUUUUUUGCCGAUAAUCACUCUCAAUGGAAUCAAAUCACAAAUCCGGGGAUGGAUUGAGCGGAACCCAGAAGGAAGCAGCCCUUCGCGCAUUGGUCCAGCGCACAGGAUAUAGCUUGGUCCAGGAAAACGGGCAAAGAAAAUAUGGUGGACCUCCACCUGGCUGGGACGCUGCACCCCCAGAAAGGGGCUGUGAGAUUUUUAUUGGGAAACUUCCACGAGACCUUUUUGAGGAUGAACUUAUACCAUUAUGUGAAAAAAUGGGUAAAAUUUAUGAGAUGCGGAUGAUGAUGGAUUUUAAUGGCAACAAUCGAGGGUAUGCAUUUGUAACUUUCUCAAAUAGACAAGAAGCCAAGGACGCCAUCAAACAACUUAACAACUAUGAAAUUAGAAACGGGCGUCUCUUAGGGGUGUGCGCCAGUGUGGACAACUGCCGGUUGUUUGUCGGGGGGAUCCCCAAGACCAAAAAGCGAGAAGAGAUCUUAGCAGAGAUGAAAAAGGUCACCGAAGGAGUCGUCGACGUCAUUGUCUACCCGAGCGCCGCAGAUAAAACCAGAAACCGGGGCUUUGCCUUCGUGGAGUAUGAGAGUCAUCGGACAGCUGCCAUGGCCCGAAGGAAGCUGCUGCCAGGAAGAAUUCAGUUAUGGGGACAUCCUAUCGCAGUAGACUGGGCAGAACCAGAAGUAGAAGUUGACGAAGACACAAUGUCUUCGGUGAAAAUCCUGUAUGUGAGAAACCUGAUGCUGUCUACUUCUGAAGAGAUGAUUGAGAAAGAAUUCAACAAUAUUAAACCAGGUGCUGUGGAGAGGGUAAAGAAAAUCCGCGACUAUGCUUUUGUGCAUUUCAGCAGUCGAGAGGAUGCAGUUGAGGCAAUGAAAGCUUUAAAUGGAAAGGUGCUAGAUGGUUCCCCCAUUGAAGUGACCCUAGCCAAACCAGUGGACAAGGACAGUUACGUUAGGUACACCCGAGGCACGGGCGGAAGGGGCGCCAUGCUGCAAGGAGACUACACCUACUCUUUGAGCCAUGUUUACGAUCCCACCACAACCUACCUUGGAGCUCCUGUCUUCUAUGCCCCUCAGGCCUAUACAGCAAUUCCCAGCCUUCAUUUCCCAGCCACUAAAGGACAUCUUGGCAACAGGGCCAUUAUCCGAGCCCCUUCUGUUAGAGAAAUUUACAUGAAUGUACCUGUAGGGGCUGCGGGAGUAAGAAGACUAGGUGGCCGUGGCUAUUUGACCUACACAGGCCUGGGUCGUGGAUACCAGGUCAAGGGAGACAAGAGAGAAGACAAACUCUACGACCUUUUACCUGGGAUGGAGCUCACCCCAAUGAAUCCUGUCACUUUAAAACCCCAGGGAAUUAAACUUGCUCCCCAGAUAUUAGAAGAAAUUUGUCAGAAAAAUAACUGGGGACAACCGGUGUAUCAGCUGCACUCGGAUGGACAAGAUCAACGGCAACUAUUCUUAUACAAAAUAACCAUUCCUGCCCUGGACCAGAAUCCUGCCAUCCACCCCUUCACGCCUCCGAAGCUAAGUGCCUACGUGGACGAAGCCAAGACCUACGCGGCAGAGCACACCCUCCACACCCUGGGCAUCCCCACCGACGGGGCCGAGGCCCCCACCGCCCCCGCAGCCGCCGCUGCUUUCCCAGGAUACGCUGUCCCUAACGCAAGUGCACCUGUGUCCGCGGCCCAGCUCAAGCAAGCGGUGACCCUUGGACAAGACUUAGCAGCAUAUACGACGUAUGAGGUCUACCCCACUUUUGCAGUGACUGCCCGAGGGGAUGGAUAUGGAGCCUUCUGAAGAUAUCUUUCUUUUAAUUUAAGAAUAAGACACAUACAACUCUAUCCGGAAGAAAUAAACCUCUCACUCAGUUUCCUUAAGAUCACAAGUAAUGCUUUUCCUAGAGCGAUGCCUUGCCCGAGACUGGUUAGUGUAUACUAAUUGUAGAAUCAUGAUAGGAGGCUGUAUUCCCAGUGAAAUCAAAUGUCAAGCAGGCUUUUGUCUAACAGAAAGCUAAAGAACCAUUGCCCCAACAGUCGUUUCUCCCAGGCUCCUGAGGGACCUGGUGACGGGUUUCUGAACCCUGACAGUGUAAAGAGAGACCUGUUAACCAGCAAGCGUUCAGGGGUCAGCAGACCUGGGCCAGAAACAACAAAGAGAGCCAUGUGAAUUCCAGAGUCUUAACCUGGGCUCACAGUUGCUUCUGUGACACAGAGAGUCACAAACAGGCAGGGUGGGGGCAGGGGAGGACGCUCUUUGAAAGGCGUUCGCAUUGCCCGCCGCGUGGGGUAUGUCCUCAGGCUGGGGUCCGUGAAAGACUGCCCAAGGUCUGAUGGGGUCAGCAUCACUUCCAUCCAAAAAGUGCCCCGGGUCAGUCUGUCCUAGGUCAGCAUCUUCAUGGCCCCCUUGACCCCUGGGGACCUCGUGGAAGUCAGCGUGAUGUGCUGCAGGUAAUGAUAAAAUGAACCCGGGCCCACUGUUUACUAAACUCAUCGGCCCGCACCUCUCCUUCCCUGGAACCCCCAUCCUUGCCAAUGGUCCCCCAACACAGUAAUCACCCCAGCGUAAAAGGACUUCUCCUUGUAAACUUUUCGCUUGUUCACAUUGAUUUGUUUUCAUAUCUGUCUCACGUGGCUCGUGCCUAAAACCAUAAAAAGGCGCAUCAGAUCUACCGAUCUUCACUUGUGAUGCUUUUUCCUACUCAGCAAAGGGGCUGUGAAGUCUUUUCAAACAGAGGAGUGAAGAUCCACUCUCAUUUCUUUGGACUUUUUGCAGCAUCCAGUCCACCGUCCGGCAUUCAGAGACCGUUAUAUUGACGUGGGGUCAGCCUUGGACUGUCUCACCCACUAGCAUGAAAUCUGCUCAGAAAUCCUCUACCUUUCCUCCCUUCUGUUUUCAACAAGUAUCGGACAGCUUUACCGUGUCUGAGCCCUUUGGUCUCGAACUCAGCACAGAAACCUUACACCCUCCACUGCCGAUUGAUCAGAAGCUGAUUCUUAGACACCCAGCCAGGGUGCUGUUUACCAAAAUCCUCGAGGGCUUCAGGCCUCUCUCCAGGAACAUCUUCUAGGGAUACAGGUGCUACAAAAAACCAGGAUGGAGGGAGCAGAAAGCUCUACUUUCUUGCCAUACAUGUAAAUGACUGCGUCUGUAUCAAAACAGAAAUAACCCAGGUCUGAACUCCAAACACCUAUCACUACUGUUUCAGUCUCAUUAGUGGUUUAAGACCUACAGUACCAGAAUUUCCAUUUAAAAAAAUCCUUUGGCCCUGGUAAAAAUUCUACAGGACUCAAAGGAAGACAUACACAUGAAAACAUAGAACCAUUGGUCAACUCUUGAGUGGGAUCCUGGGAUCCAAAAUCAGCCCAGAUUCCAAUCAAAAUCAGCUAAAUUCCAAUAAGAGUUAAAAGUCCUUGUAACCUUUCAGUUCUGUUAAUUCUAAUCAGGUAUCAAAGGCCUCAAGGCUAAGCUCACUCUGAAAGACCCGGUGCUUUCAACUUUACAUUUUGAUCCUCAUAUUCCCUAGGAUAGUGGCUCCCAAACUUAACUGCACAUCAGCAACACCUGGAAGGCUUUUCAGAAUGCCUUUACCAAGAUGGCACCUCAUAUGGAUUACAUCAGAAUACCACAGGGUGAUAUUCUCGGUACUUUUUAAAAAUCUCAGGUGAUUUCAAUGUGCAACUAACUUUGGGAAUGGCCAUAAUCUUUCCAUUUCAACCCUGUCUUCAACCCUUAAUGUCUUCCUUUUUUAUUUCUUUUUCAUUAAAUAGAAAAAUGCAAGAAAAAUUUCUCUAAAUAGCCAAAUCAUAUUUUUACACAUAUUCGUCUCAUAAAAAGUACAAAUUUGAAUAUAAUUCAUACUGGCUUCAAACUAACUUUUGGACCAAACUAGUUUUAAAAACGAGGAAGUGAAAAAUUCCUCCAUAAGCAAUUUUGAGGUCCAAAUCUACAUUCCCGGACAGACCUGCUUUUAUACUCAAAAAGAGUAAUUACAUUGAGGCAGGCAAAUUCCCACUGAGUCCAAAAAAGCAUUCCAAACUCCAAGAGCAAAAGUUUUAAUGUUCUUUAAAAUCUCUGGAAAUAGAAAAGAUUCCUUCUCCAUGUCUCGUCAAUGCAAAAUAGAAGGUUUCAUCCAGAGGAGUUUUAAAUUUAAUCAAAAUGAACAGUUAGUUAACCACAGGAAUCUUUUUAUGAGAAAAAUCAUUAUUCUGGGUGAAAUCAUAAUGAGUUUUUUAACGGCUAAGAAGAGAAGCCUAAACAUACAAAAAUAGCAAAGUAUCGAGAAUUGCCACUUGAACACCAAGGAAACACAGGUAUUCGUACAUUUACCUCGUAAGGAUGGAUUGUAUUCAAGCGAGUAACUAUGGUUUUACUUUUUGCUGAAAUUUUACUUCAUUCUGUAAAAUCGAGAGGAAUACUUUGAAUUCCAUUAGAACCUAUUCGUAGAAAGUAACAAUGUGUCUGUAGUGCCAUAUGUAUUGACUUUGCCCAAAUUGAGUCGUGUAGAACAGCUCCAGCUAUAAUGAGUUUGGAACUUUAAAAAAAUGAGAUGUUUAAAAAUCAAGUGUGGGACCACAGGUUUACUUCACAUGAUGUUGAUGUUUUUGGACGUCAGAAAUUAGCACCUGUUUAAUACCUAUUGUACCUUGUGCAUCAAAUCUAUUUUUUGUUACUUCUUGCUUUCUUAUUUCCUAGAAAAGACUCUUCACAGAAGAAACUAACAUGAGUAAACCAACCAAAUGAUAACAGAGUACCGAACCAAUCAUUUAGAAGCAUCUAGUGAAUUAGAAUUGAGUUUCUAAGUUUUGGUACUUAAUAGCUUAGUGAAAAUUAAAAUUAACCGCCGUUACUCACGAGAAACGGUACAGUAGUGAGAUUAGAUAUCUAUUCUCUUACCCGUAAGAGUGCUGCUUAUUCUCCAAUUGCUAUAUUUCUCUCCCACCCCAUUACUGUAACUAGAAGACCAUCUUUACCUGUAGCAAGAUACAGUUUUCCUACAUAGCCGGUUCUUGCCUCCCACCUGUGCCCAAACCUGGUAUCAUGCCGGACCACACUGUGUUGGCGUAAAAGCACCCAAAAUGCUGCUAGAAAGCUACCUCAUGUUAAAAAAACAUUGACUUCAAAAAAUAUCUAACAAACCACAGGUCCUGGACUUUUUAAUGGUGAAUGGAGAUCAAAUUAUAGCUAUGUAUUAAUAGCUAUGUAAUUUAAUACCUAUUACGGCUAUGCAAUCAUUAUGCAGGAAAUUAGGUUUAGUUUUACUUAAAAGUUUUUGUAAACACAACCUCCCAUUCACAUUGAUUAGCUUUUCAUAAAUAUUGCCUCAAUGUAAUUUUUGAUUUAUGUCCAUUUUCACAGUAUGUUUUAAAUGACUGUUUUCUAGUUCUGCCUUGGACAACUGGGUCACAGUUUGAAUCCAUGGGGACAGGGAGAUUCUCCAGGGUGGCUUUUCAAGAAGAAGAGUCAGUAAAGACAGUAUUUGGAGUAAAUUGUUUUCGUAUCCAAAGCUACAAAGUUUGAUAAAAUAUAGUAAUGUUGCAUAGCUCCAGGACCAGCCAAGAUUUCCCCCAAAUAACUUACAACUAACAGUGAGCAGUGUGCCCCAGGGUUCACACAAGGCCAUGGUCAUUCAUCGCCUCCUUGACUUCAUUCGUACAGAAAUACCCAGGAGACGAAACAACUUAUAUCUUUUACAUCUUGGGGAUACAUUUUUACCUAUAUAUAAAUACCUCUGUCCAAGACAAAACCGAGCUUCAAGUAUGACACUUACAGUAAACUUUGUGGUAAAUACUUUUACAAGAAAACAUUAACGGCAAAAUUUGGGAGUUUCAAUGUACUUCUUGGAAGACAGAGAAACUAGGGACCCAAUAUUCCUUCCUGACAUGGAAUCGUUACCUACUGCUUUUUGUUGAACUGAUCACCAAAUAUGAUGUUGAAAUUCUACUUCAUUCUAGUGAUGUCUUGAAAAUGCUUCAAGCUUUACAAGAACAUAGUCAUAGAAAAUGUCAUGUAUCCACCGGGAUCGAUGUUUGCCUUUGCCAAUGUUAGGACUAAGCCAAGCAUGUCCUGCUCUAAUGAGUAAAAAACCAUCAGAUAAAUGAGACUUUCUGACCUCCAUGCCAGAUCACUUUGCUUAUGGAGUAGAACAUACAAAAACUUUUUUCAACAGAAAAUUCAUACAGAAUAUUCUACCGAAUUCUACAGAAAAUUCUACAGAGAAUGUCCAUUUUACAAGCCAGGUUUUUCUUACAAUAUUUCUACAGGAAAUAGAAUGUGUGAGUUUAAUAGGGAGAAUAGUGCGUAUCUUGAACACAUACACUCACUGAUGGGAGAAUGUGAACUUUAGGCAUUUUCAGGUCACCUCAGUUUUGUAGAAAAGAGAAAAAGAAAGCCUUAUACUUCAGCUAAUAGUGAAAAGAAACUAGUAAACAAUCUGGAAGUGAAAAAUAAUUCACUCAUUUGCCUGGAAACCAGAAGCCCCCAUUCAUUCGAACAUGCCUGGAAUGAGAUCUAGAACCCUUCUACACCUCCUUCCUCCCACUGUUCUCCUGUUUGGGGAGAGAAAUCAAGAAGAAUAUUCCUUGCAUUCUCUUUACUUUGUCUAAGGGAAGGGGAGGUGCCAAGAAACAGCACUUUAAAGAAAAUAAGCUGCCUUCAGAGACUUCCUGGAGACUGAAGAACAUCAACCCCACUCGGGGUUAACUAUGUCCCUCUGGGAUGACAGUAUGUUCUGUUUGCCGGGACAGCCCUGUUUAUCAAUAUUAACAAUAACCCUUCAGACUCACAAAUGUGUCCCAGUUUAGACAAGUUAUACAGUGACCUCAUCUUGUUGGCUCCUUUUCUUUUCUUGUCGUUCCUUUUUUUUUUUUUUUUUAAUCUUAUAGAAUUGGCUUUAUCCUCUCCAGAACAGGUGCACGUUAAAGGAAAAUGCCCAACUGACUUCUUUCUGACGGAGGUAGGAGCAGAGAGAAAGCGAGAGAAACGUGUCGUCCUCUCAUUUAUGAUUACCCUCAAUCCACUCCCUACCCAGUGACCCCACCACCAACCCCUUUCUGGUCCUGGUCGUCCUCCCCAAGCCCCUGGGCUCUGGGUCCUGAGCUCUGCCACUGGGGCCAGAUGGGACAGGGAACAAGAUGAAAGGUAGGGCAUUGGGAGGGUUUUGGAGGAUUUGCCAGUUCCUUUCUUCCUUAAACCAAGCUCCUUAUGCUGCAAACCAGGAAGGGCUUCCAACAUCAGCCUUCCUCAUAAAAGGCACGCUGCUUUUUCCCUUCCAUGUUUUACAGAUUUGCUCAAAUAUCUGCCUCUCACGUCGAUUACUGUUUGCUCAUGGAACUAUCCUCAUAUAAUCUCAUAUAAAGUGUUGAAUAUGUCUUAAUGGAGAAGAAUACUGACAGAUACUUCCCUUUUUAUAGAACUUCCUUUUACUCUCUCAUUAUUUUCUUCGCUGAUAGUAAGAAUUAAACAAAUUAUAAUCUCUAUUGCUAUAAACCAGAGGCCUCUAUUUC